GUAACGCGUAAACCGGCCAUUAUUUAACCCGAACUCGCUCUAAACCUCCUUUAUUUCUGACAGCUGCCUGAAAUGUGACUUAACCUCAACUUUUCACCCUUCAUUUUCCACACAUUUCACCGUUUUAAACCGCAAUUUCACUCAACAUGGGUGCCCCACUCGAAGUCCUCCAAGAAUGCAUGAAAAACACAUCGUGCAUACGAAAUGUAUGCAUUUUGGCACACGUGGACCACGGCAAGACCACAAUCGCCGAUUCGCUACUAGCCACGAAUCGUUUAGUAAGCAAACGCAUGGCUGGUCUGGUCAGGUAUUUAGACGACCGACUGGACGAGCAAGAACGUGGAAUUACCAUGAAAAGUAGCGCAGUGUCUUUAAUAAACUUAGUCGAAGAUGAAGACACGAAAGAAGAAAAGCCGCUUUUGUUGAAUUUAAUUGAUACACCCGGACACAUCGAUUUCUCCUCCGAGGUGGGCGCAGCCCUACGCGUAUGCGACGGGGCCCUAGUCGUGGUCGACUUAGUCGAAGGCGUGUGCGUACAAACACGCGAAGCCAUCAAACAGGCGUUCACAGAACGCUGCAAAAUGAUACUAAUUCUAAACAAAAUAGAUAAAUUAAUCGUGGAGUUGCACAAGGAAGUGAACGACAUUUUCCAGUCGAUUUUGCACGCGAUUGAGGACUGCAAUGCGAUCGUUGCGGAACUGUACCAAUACGAAUAUUGCAAUCCUGACGUCGAUAUUGAAGACACCGGACUUUUGUUUUCACCGGACGCCGGAAACGUGAUUUUUGCAAGUGCCAUCGAUGGGUGGGGCUUCACCCUCAAACAAAUAGCCUCGAUGUUUGUGAAUGCCAUCAAAAGUGAAACCGUAGACUCACUGAAUACGAAAUUAUGGAAUUUCGAUGCUUACGUCGACGGUAAAACAAACACAGUUAAACUAGGAGCGAUCGAAAAGGGCAAAACUAAUUUAUUUGUGCAACUGUGCAUCAAAACGAUAUUCCACAUCUACUCAACCAUAGUCAUCCAAAUGCAAAGGGAUAAAGUUGGCACCAUUGUCCAGAAACUGAACAUUACGAACGUGACGCGAGAAAUGAACCACACGGACCCCAAAACCCAAGUCAAGGCCAUAAUGCAAGCUUGGAGCCCCCUUGCCGAUGUCAUUUUACACCAAUGUAUGAAAAUUAUCCCGCCACCCUCAAACAUGCACGAAGACAAAAUUAAAUAUCUCCUCGAUUUUAACAAAUUUUGCGAAAACGAGUUUCACAAAAAUUGUCUCGAAAAACUAAUCACGGUGUUCAAAUCGUGUUCCUCUGACGACUCCACACCGUGUACUGCAUAUGUUUCGAAAAUGUUUUGCGUCGACAAUAAGAACUUGUCACAAAACAAACCUAAAGUUUUUAUCCCCAAGCCGAGACCUAAAAAUACUGAACCCAAGCAGGAAAAUGGCGAAAAAACAAACCACACUGAAAAGGAAAAAAAUUGCGAAGAAGAGAAACCUCGGGAUGAAUUUUCUAUAAUAGCACUGGCGCGAGUUUUCACCGGUUGUCUCAAAACGGGCCAAGAAAUCUACGUCUUGUCACCUCAAUACGUCCCCCAAGAAGGCAAAACAAGUGAUACGUGUGCCCAAUUAGUGAAAGUUAAAGAACUUUAUAUGCUUUUUGGUCGUGAGUUGGUCCUAGUUGAUGAAAUAACGGCUGGAAAUGUGUGUGGUAUCGGGGGGCUGGAGUCGGCUAUAGUCCGCACAGCAACCCUAUCAACAACUCUACAGUGUGUCGCAUUUAUUGAACACCCAUCACAGCCCCCUAUAGUCCGAAACGCCAUCGAACCAACCAAUCCGAAAGACCUUCCAAUUUUAAGACAAGGUUUGCGCGUACUAAUGCAAAGUGAUUCUUGCGUCCAGGUCGUAAUAGAAGAAUCAGGAGAGUAUGUUUUACUGACAGCAGGGGACGUACACCUUGCUAAAUGUCUGGAAGAUUUGACGACGAAAUUUGCCAAAAUUGAAAUCAACGUUUCCAGUCCGAUGGUCUCACUGCGGGAAACUGUGACCCACGGAAGCAACAAAAGCGACUUAAAGAAAGACCUGGAGAAUUCGGUCACAGUAGAAGUGGCCCAGAUUCGUUUAACCGUAGUUGUGGUCGCUUUACCGGACGUUAUAGCCAACGAAAUCGAAAAGAACUACAAACUGUUGCACUCAAUCGAAGAACACCAACAAAUCAGCGGAUUCGAACUGUUCGCCAAACGUGCGUCAAAACCUGAAGACUUGAAACCCCCAACUUUAAAAAUGUUCAAAAGCGACGUCACUAACGUCUCACUUAAACAUGUGAGCGAGCAAUUAAGCUCGGUUUUCGCUUCGUGUAAAGGCAUUUGGGCCAAAAUCGAAAAUAAGGUCUGGAGCGUGGGCCGCAUGCCUGACAGUAUAAAUUUACUAAUCAACGGGACCAGUAAUUACGCGCGAAAUAUUUACGAAACUUUGGACGAGAAAGACCCGCGGUCGUGUUUCGACCAAUUUGUGGUGAACGCCUUCAAUUCGUGCUGCAAAGCUGGCCCGCUGUGUGAAGAACCACUGAAAAACUGUGUUUUCCUGGUGAAAAACUUUGAAGUCAGUCAUGACGAGAGCUUGGACGGGACGACCAAAACCAGUGUUAAUAUCGAAUCGGCUCUGAGUUCAGCGUUUCGCGAAGCGUUCGAAAAACAACAGCAGAGACUCAUGGAACCGAUGUUUACGACCAGUAUUCAAGUCAACACAAAUAUUUUAGGAAAAGUCUACUCGGUUGUGAGUAAACGGCACGGGAAAGUUCUGGACGCUGUCGGAAUGGACGAGCAAGAGAAAAGUUUUCUGGUUAAGGCCCAGAUUCCGGUUGUUGAAAGUACGGGUUUUGCUAACGAAAUGCGCAAAACGACUUCUGGGCAAGCGAUUCCUACUUUGAAGUUUAGUCAUUUUGAGAUUAUCGACGGUGAUCCGUUUUACGAGCCGGUGGAGGACGACGAAGAAGAGGAAGAUGUGAAUGUGGAGUCGGCUAUCAGGGCCACCAAACUUAGAAAAGCGAUAAGGAAACGGAAAGGGUUGCACGUGGAGGAACAGGUGGUCGUGCAUGGAGAGAAACAAAGGACGCUCAAUAAGAAAAAAUAAAAGUGAAACUAACACGUGAAUAAAUAUUUUUGUAAGA